AUGAAGUGGCAGCAAUGUUUGCCGGUGUCCUUCCUCGCUGCCCUCUACGCCUCCACAGAGACGGCUUGGAUAUCGCAAUGUAGACCUCUCGCCCGUGCAGAAUCAUGGACCUCGGCACGAAAGAAUUCAUUCAGGGAGGCAACGCGCAGUCUCUGGUACCACGGAUAUAACAAUUACAUGAACCACGGCAGAGGGCCAGACUGGGAGAAUCCUACCAACAUUGCUUACAAUGACGUUGCGGGCAACUUCUCGGUUACACUUGUAGAUGUCUUGGAUACUCUUGUCGUACUGGACGACCCAUCAGGCUUUCAGAGUGCUGUGCGAAACGUCAUAGAUUGGGUUUCCUUCGAUGUUAACACCAAACCUCAAGUUUUCGAGACUACAAUCCGCGUUCUGGGAGGACUUUUGUCAGGGCAUAUCUUUGCUAGUCAACCUGACCAACCCUUUUUUCUCCCUUGGUACCGUGGGCAGCUCUUGGAUAUGGCUCAUGAUCUUGGCAAACGACUUCUCCCUGCAUUCGCUACCCCAACUGGUCUUCCAUUCGCUAGAUUGAAUCUCCGUCAUGGAGUCUUUAGGGGCGAAUCGCUAGAUACAUGUACUGCUGGAGCGGGCUCACUCAUUCUAGAGUUUGGCACUUUGAGUCGGCUCACUGGAGAUGAUCGCUUUGAAAAAGUAGCGUACAAGGCUUUCUUUGCAUUGUGGAACCGUCGUUCCGAUAUUGGUCUUGUUGGGAAUACCAUCAACAUUCUUUCAGGUAUGUGGACCGCUCCAGAGAUUACUGGAAUAGGAGCGGGGAUCGACUCUUUUUACGAGUAUGCUCUGAAAUGGUAUGUUCUGACUGGUGAGGUUGAAUUCCUGGACGUAUGGCAUGAGGCAUACGCAGCUGUGAUGAGAUAUACUCGGUCGCCCGACGGCUACUGGCAUCGAAGCGUAAAUAUCCACACAGGAGAGGCUGCGUUCAGUUCUGUUGAUUCGUUAUCGGCAUUUUGGCCUGGCCUUCAAGUGCUGGGUGGUGAUGUACAAAAUGCUAUUAAAGCCCAUAUGUAUUACUGGAAUCUUUGGAGAAAACACUCGGGGCUUCCCGAAGUUUGGGACGCUGUAUAUACUCAGGCGACAUCAUUCCAGUACCCUUUACGACCAGAGUUUGUAGAGUCGACAUGGUAUCUCUACAGGGCCACCAAAGAUCCCUUCUACCUUGAUGUAGGCGAGCGUAUCCUCAAAGACAUCACCAUCCGCACCAAGGUGGAUUGUGGCCUUGCCUCCAUCAAGGAUCUUCGACUAAAUGCUCGGGAUGAUCGGAUGGAAUCGUUUGCUCUUUCGGAAACACUCAAGUAUCUCUACCUGCUUUUCGACGAAGCCAAUCGCCUUCACGACGACGAUUCCCACUACGUGUUCACCACCGAGGGACAUAUUCUUACUUUGCCACGCAAAGCGCUGAAACCCAUGUCUCCCGCCCGCAAAAGGUUACGUCGCGUUGAAAAUCACCAGUGUCCCGCGUACCAUCCCUUCCAUACUUCUACCCACGAAAACUACGAUGAUGGCCUCACCCUCGGCAUAGGGCAGCGUGAAGAUGUCGAUUAUGUACGACAUAUUAUAGGCCUUCGCACCCAGCCAUCGGACGAACUUUAUUCAUCUCCCCAUGGCUGGUGCGCUGCGCCUCAGAUGGAGCUCUAUUCGUAUGACUUCAUCUUGGCAGCUCAUGGAGGCCUCGUGCCUGAGGAUCCUAGCCCAAGCUCACGCAAGCUUUCCCUUGCUGAGGGUGGAUACCUCCUUCAUAACGUUACCGGUAUUCGUGCACAUAUCGUCAGCCGUCUGGAUGGCAAAGGUUAUGACAUCACUAAACUUGGACCUCACGCGGUGCGCACCGGCCAACUCGUAUACGUCGACGACCCCGCUUUGGUCCUCCACUCUUUCGAUAGCGACAAGAUGCUUCGCCAAGGAGAUGUCAAACUGCGUUUUGUCGUAGACGAGGUAGACCCCAUGUUGCAAGCUCGUCCUGGAGUUAUGACCCGGACCCUGGAGAUGGAAGCCAAGGCUUUUACCGCCUUGUUUGGUGCUGACCCUGCCGCUCUCCCGCACGGCGAUAGCAAGCCCCCUCCUUUCAGUUCGGGCAACUCACGCAUACGAUUCCUUCGCAAGAAUACUCUCGGAUGCAGCCCUUAUACGCAAAACCUAGAGGGUGACGUUGUCCUCGUCUAUCGAGGAGAUUGCGCGUUCCUUGAGAAGCUCACCUUUGCUAGAGAUGCCGGAGCCUCUGGCGUGAUCGUCAUCGGUGACAGUGACAUACCUAUCAACCCAUCUGCGACCCCCAAGGAAAUUUCUGAUGCGGGCGAUCUCGACGCCGUUGCUCUCGUCCUCUUGACACAGAGUGCAGGUGAAGCGCUACUAGAAAUUAUGGACACUGCAAGCGCCCAUGGCACCGGACACGUUUUGGUUAGUGUCGAUCCAGAGGGAUGGACUGCUCAAACCGAGAGCCAGCCUUCAGAUUUCACGCAGGAGGACGAAGUCCGGGUUCUGUACAUCAAUGGACAUCCAUUACUCAAUACCCGCCUACUUACUUAA